ACUCUUCUUUAUUUUUUACGCGCCCCAAGGAGAGACGUGUGGGAACAUCACAAUACACGACAAAUCAGAUUUUUUAUUUCGCCCUUAACGUUUUUAAUAUUUCUGUAAGCGGAACGGGUUAUCUUUGUGCCACACGGAACCGGGUCGCGUUGGAGACGGACACCAAAAUCUGUAAACAAACGUCACGCUCGUUAGCUAGCAACAGUUGUUAGUUGCAAAACGACUGUGGACUGAAGCGAAAAGAAGAUGUUUAAAAACACGUUUCAAAGCGGAUUCUUGUCUAUUUUAUACAGCAUCGGCAGCAAACCGCUUCAGAUUUGGGAUAAAAAGGUGAGGAAUGGCCACAUCAAGAGAAUCACAGACAAUGACAUCCACUCACUGGUGUUGGAGGUUGAGGGGACAAACGUCAGUACCACGUAUAUAACAUGUCCUGCAGACCCCAAGAAAACAUUGGGCAUCAAGCUUCCUUUUCUCGUUAUGAUCAUCAAAAAUCUCAAGAAGUAUUUCACCUUUGAAGUCCAGGUGUUAGAUGACAAAAACGUUCGCCGGCGGUUUCGGGCGAGCAACUAUCAAAGCACGACACGAGUGAAGCCGUUUAUCUGCACCAUGCCGAUGAGGCUGGAUGACGGCUGGAACCAGAUUCAGUUCAACCUGUCGGACUUCACCAGGAGGGCCUACGGAACCAAUUACAUCGAGACGCUGCGUGUACAGAUCCACGCCAACUGUCGAAUAAGGAGAGUGUAUUUCUCAGACAGAUUGUACUCUGAGGACGAACUCCCAGCAGAGUUUAAACUCUAUCUGCCUGUCCAGAACCAGAAAGCGAAGCAGUAGAGAUUCUCACCCUGCACUGUUCCCCCAGACCUGAUGUGGAGUUUAGCUGUAAGAUUUUCUGUGUGUAGAAAUAUGAUGAACUUUAAAACUUUGUAAUUUUGAAUUUAUGAGUUUUGAGUGCCGUCUUGUGUUGCUCUCUGCGCAAUAAAAGUUUUUUAUGGAC